AUGGCAGAAAUCCUUCCAUUGCAUCUAUUUGAAGCCCCAUUCCUUCUUUUAUUAAUUUCCAUUUUCCAUCCCCUUUCAAAUUAUACCUUUUAUUUCCACUUUCAAAAUUUACCUGAUUGCUUUAUUAUCUCCAUACUUAUCUUCUUUUCCCCUCCUAAAUUAAUUCUUUCUUAUUACUUUAUAUGUUCGAUGACUUCCCUCAUUGUCUUUUUCCGUCAAUAUAUUCUUCUUUUCUUACUCUUAAUUUGUUCUAUCUAUCUAUCUAUCUAUCUAUCUAUCUAUCUAUCUAUCUAUCUAUUUUCUUUUCUCAUUUGUUCCUUUAUUUUUCCUUUCUUUCUCAUUUAUUUUUCCAUUGCCUUGAUUUGGUUCUUCUUGUCCACUUGCGUCUUCCUCCUCCUUCUCUUCCGUCUCUUUUUUCUUUCUUUCUUUCUUUCUUUCUUUCUUUCUUUCUUUCUUUCUUUCUUUCUUUCUUUCUUUGUACUUCUCCACUUGCCUCUUUCCACUUCAUUUACUUUUAUUUAUUUAUAUUUCUCCCUUUCCUCUUUUAAUUCUUCUUUCCCUUUUCGUCUUAUUCUUCUAAUUUUCCCUUUUCACAAUUAUAAUUCUUUUACCCAUUUUCCGCUGUCCCUUCUUUCACAUUUCUUUUUUCUGCUACUUUUCACUUUGCUUUCUUCUUCUUUCCCCUGCUCUCUUUAUCUCCUCCUCCUGCUUAAUUCUUCUACUUGUCCAUUGCCUCCGCUUUCUCUUUUGUUCCUCUUCUUCUAUUUCUGCUUCUUUGUCUGCUCCUCUUUCACAACCAUUUUUACUAUCCUUCAUUCAUACCUUGACAAACACUCUCACUUCACUUUCUUUGUCUUACCUAUCACAACAUUCCUUUUUUUCCUCCCGAUCCUUCUUAUUCUUCUAAAUUCUUAUUCUUCACCUCUCCAUUUCUCUCGUCUUUCUUUCUUUCUUUCAUUUUUCUUUCUUUCUUUCUUUCCGCUUAUCCCCGCCAGACUUGACAAUAAUUAA